UCGUUGGUAAACUGCCUUCUGUCUCAUUCCUUUCUCGGCUACUCUCUGUCGGCAACCGAAAAGCGCUCCCAAGAUUCCAGAAGCUUUCCCUGUUUCUUGUAAGCUGCACAGAAGGACAGAUAGGUCGCGUCCAUGGCGAAGAGAGCUUCGGCCUCCUCUUCUUCAGGUCAACCAAGUCAACCCAAGAGGCCGCGCGUCGCUCCAACCGACCAACCAUGGAACGGAUCCAAGAGGAAUCUCAUGCUGUGGAGCUGCUCGACAGAGGAGGAUGCCCAGAGAGUGUGUGGAGAAGAGCCGGAACAUGCAAAAUCUCACUUGACCGAAUACUGUCAAAGGGUUGAUGGUAGAUCUACAAGAAUAAAUGAAGUGAGGAACUUAUGGCUUCAAUUUCAAACCAAACUGUCAGAUCCCCUGUUUACUAGAAAGAAACUACGAGGAGAUGGGGGUGCUCGCAUUUCUGUUGCCUUGAUCAAUGAGAAUACAGGGGAUGUCGUUACAUCAGGCCUGGAAUCCUCCCUUAAGUUGGACGUCGUUGUGCUUGAAGGUGACUUCAACAAAGAUGAUGAGGAUGAUUGGGCUCAUGAAGAGUUCGAGAACUUCAUGGUUAAAGAACGUCAACAAAAGGGGCUGCUUUUGAUGGGAGAUCUCCAAGAAACGCUCAAUGGAGGUGUUGGGGAGCUGGGAGAACUGAUAUUUACUGACAACUCCAGCUAGAAUAGGAGUAAAAAAUUUAGGAUAGGGCAUAAGGUGGCAUCGCAUUAUUGUGGGCAUACGUGAAUCCGAGAAGCCAAAACAAAUGCCUUCCGUGUCAAGGAACAUAGAGGAGAAUCAUCCAAGAAACAUGAUAUACCUGCAUUCAACGUUGAGAUCUGGAGGUUGAAGAUGAUUGCCAAGGAUGGGAAAUAUGACCAAAAACUGAGUGAAGCCGGAAUACAUAAAGUGGGGGACUUUCUACUGCAAUUGUUUACGGACCCCAUGAAACUGAAAGACAUAAACACUUACAAAAUGAUUCUCAAUUAGGGUUUGAUUGACUAAGUUGAAUGUAAGUCUUGCGUGCUCACUCAUUGUAGAUUCUUGGAAUGAGCUCACAUUCGACUAACUGGGAUACCCUUGAAAAUCAUGCAAGGAGUUGCAAGAUAAAUUGGAAACUUUAUUUGUACUAUACCGAUGGCAUGAGGAAGCAUGGUGCUGUAUUCAACACUGAUUGUCAGCUAAUUGGCCUAAUCAAAGAUAGAUUAUAUUGUGCUACUGAUCGACUUUCUGACAAUGAUCUGGUAAGCAACUAGGAGUUCCUAUGAUGUUUUGUCAAGCCAGUUCAUGUGCUUCACACCGUCAUGCGUCAUUCAUAUAAUUUGUCCCAUAUUAUCCGUGUAAUUUGCAACUUGAUGUUUACUCGUAGCUGGGUGGCUG